GGGAACAGCCGAGAGCAGUGACGAAGCCGCCGGAGCCUGGGAGAGACGCACGGACGGGGACGGGGGACUGGGGACAGGCACUCAGGGAGAGACAGCCACGAACCGCGGCGGAGGCAGCAGGAGAAAACAAUCUGUGCAGACUCGGUGGAAACGGUGGUCACUAGGACUAUAGGGAUUUCUUUGGCGAUCUGUGAGGACCUGCCCUCUCUCUAACCCUUGGAAGAAAAAAAAAUUAGGAGACGAGAAAGGGCACUGGUAUUUGCAACCGCAACCAAAAAAAAAAAAAAAGGGCGGGAGGGGGAGAAGGAAAGGAAAGGAAAGAAGGAAAAAAGAAGUGGGCAAAAACCCUCAGUCCUGCCCCAACCCCUCCCCACCCCUCCCUCCCAGCGAUUGCCUCCUGGACACUCACCCACAUCCACAAAGCUGGCCGAGCAAUGCGGGACUGCGCGCGGAGCUGGCGGGGAGCUGUGACCAGGGAAAUGGUUGGCUGGGCUCGCUGAACUGAGGAUCCGGCCUCCCCGGGAGCAGGAGCGGAACGGGAGGGGAGCGCGCAGAGCCCGCUGGGCCGCUCCGAAGAAACCCAGGCAAAGGGCCGUGGGUAAAAGAGGGGCAGCUAGCGUACCUCUAGGCGACCUUCCUAGUGGAAGCCUCUCUGUCCAGUUUUUAUUGAUACAAACAUUGCUUUUUAAAAAAGACAACAACAACAACAACAAGCAAAACCAACAAGCCAACAAGAGCUUUCCCCUCCCUCCUCCCCCGUCGCCUCAGCUGGCGCCUCCUGUCUUGCUGCCCCCCUCCCUCCCUCGCUGCAUUCCUAUUCCCACCCCCCUCCUCCAGGCCAAGCGCUGCGUUCCAUUCUCUCCCCCCCACACCCCCACCCCCGACCCGCUGGGCUAUGCUGGAAGUUUAGGAUCCAAAGCUCCUUCACUCAUUUUUAAAUUUUCAUUUAUUCCCCCCCCCUUCUUUAAAUCGCUUUGUGGAGAAAUACGCGCGCGCGCACACACACCUGCACCCCUGAGACACCCAGACACCCCGAGACACCCCAAGACAAAAGCAAAUGCACUUUGACUUCUGACUGCGCCUACCUCAGACCUGAGAGAGCUCAUCGCUUGGGUGGUUUCCGUAUAGACCGUUCUCCGCUGUCUUCUUGCCUCUCCGACUUUAUUUAUUUUGGUUCCCGCGAUUCUCGGUGACCUUCAUUCUUCAGCCAGCUCCUUGCCCACGGGUCGCUCUUCCCUCCGGGAUUCCGUCUCCCAACCCCAGGAGCUGUGCCUGCCCCAGCUCUGACCCGGGGACUACUCCCGCCCCCCUCCUCCUGGGCCACGCUUUUUCUUUUUUUCUUUUUCUCCUUUUUUUCUCCUAUCCUCUUCCGGUUUUGUUUGUUUUUAAUUUGAGAAAAAAAGAUUUUGGUGUGUGUUUUCGAUUCAGCACAACCCAGCCGGUCUUAUCUGUCUGCCUGUCUCUCUUUCUCACCUUUUUUUGGAGGGAAGAGGACGGGGUUGGAGGCUCCUGCUGGUCCUCUUCUGGGGGCCGCCUCCUCUUCUCGACCUGCCUGCCCUGUUCUGAGCCCCCUGCUCCCCCCUUCCCCCUCAAUUAAACCAAAGACAAUGGUGCACUGUGCCGGCUGCAAAAGGCCCAUCCUGGACCGGUUUCUGUUGAACGUGCUGGACAGGGCCUGGCAUGUGAAGUGCGUCCAGUGCUGUGAAUGUAAAUGCAACCUGACCGAGAAAUGCUUCUCCCGGGAGGGCAAGCUCUACUGCAAGAACGACUUCUUUCGGUGUUUCGGUACCAAAUGCGCCGGGUGCGCACAGGGCAUCUCCCCCAGUGACCUGGUGCGGAGGGCACGAAGCAAGGUGUUCCACCUGAAUUGUUUCACCUGUAUGAUGUGUAACAAGCAGCUGUCCACUGGGGAGGAGCUCUACAUUAUAGACGAGAAUAAAUUCGUCUGUAAAGAAGAUUACCUAAGUAACAGCAGCGCCGCCAAAGAGAACAGCCUGCACUCGGCCACAACGGGAAGUGACCCCAGUUUGUCCCCGGACUCCCAAGACCCGUCCCAGGACGACGCCAAGGACUCCGAGAGCGCCAAUGUGUCGGACAAAGAGACUGGUAGCAACGAGAAUGACGAUCAGAACCUGGGUGCAAAGCGGAGGGGGCCACGCACCACUAUCAAGGCCAAGCAGCUGGAGACACUCAAGGCUGCCUUCGCCGCCACUCCUAAGCCCACUCGUCACAUUCGGGAGCAACUAGCACAGGAGACUGGCCUUAACAUGCGGGUCAUCCAGGUCUGGUUCCAGAACCGACGUUCCAAGGAGCGGCGAAUGAAACAAUUGAGCGCUCUGGGCGCCCGGCGCCACGCCUUCUUCCGCAGCCCACGAAGGAUGCGGCCGCUGGUGGACCGUCUGGAGCCGGGGGAGCUCAUCCCCAACGGACCCUUCUCCUUCUACGGAGAUUACCAGAGCGAGUACUACGGCCCCGGGGGCAACUACGACUUCUUCCCGCAAGGCCCUCCUUCGUCACAGGCUCAGACCCCAGUGGACCUGCCCUUCGUUCCGUCGUCCGGCCCGUCGGGGACCCCCCUGGGAGGCUUGGAACAUCCCUUGCCCGGCCACCACCCGUCCAGCGAGGCACAGCGAUUCACCGACAUCCUGGCUCACCCGCCUGGAGACUCUCCGAGCCCGGAGCCCAAUCUCCCCGGACCUCUACACUCCAUGUCGGCUGAAGUCUUCGGACCCAGCCCGCCCUUCUCUUCGCUGUCAGUCAACGGCGGGGCGAGCUACGGUAACCAUCUUUCCCACCCUCCCGAAAUGAAUGAGGCGGCGGUGUGGUAGCCGGGGCUCUCUGGAGCCAAGCUGCCUGCCCGCCUCUGGACUUGAGUGGUUGUACAGAAACGAGUCGUUAUUAAAAAUACACACACAGUAACAAAACAAACAAAAAAAAUCACAAAAACAGAACCGGCCCCAAAGCAGCUUCCUCUCUUCCCGCCGGAGAGACCGUUCUCCUUGGGGUAUGGUAGGAAGGGAAGGGAAGAUUUGGGGGUGACUGCGAAUUGAAACCCGAAUGCACCCUGAGACAAGAUUGCGGUCCCAGCCCCGGGGGCGACGUGCAAGACUUGGGGUGAGUGAACCAGAGUAAGGCGCAAACUCAAAAACGUUCCCCAAUUCGCGUAAAAACUCAACGAGCCGAGCCUCCGCCGGCAAUCCAGUGAGCUCGCGGAUGGUCCAGGCGAGCUGUAAGGACUUAGCCCAGAGAAGGACAGCUCCGGGAAGCUCCCGGGAGGCGAUGAGGGUGACGAUCGGCCGGUCUAACCGGUGCCCAGGAUGCACAGAGUGGAGAGGAAGGACACCGGCACAAGUCGAGAACCAAACUCGUCGUGGAGACCAGAGGAAGCGAAGCGAAGGGAUUCCGAGUCAGGGAGGGGGAAAAGGCCGGUCCUGGAGCAUUCAUUUCUGGGCUAGGAUGAACGAAGCUUCUAGCUUUAGAAAACCUUCGAUUAGUUUUUGUCUCUCAGAGUUUACUAACAGCGACAAACAACAAACUUUUAGCUUCAGAAACACCGACCUGCUGUGCAUCAGGUGGGACUUUUUUUUUGUCUGUCUGUCUAUCCGGUUCUUUUCGGCCAAAAUAAUAGAAAGACGAAAUGCCCUCAGCAUCAACUCUACCUUCAAAAGCUACACACAAACAAACACACACACGCACACACACACACACACACACACACACACACACAAACACACACACCCCACCCUCAUUAGGAUGAUCUCCAGCCAGACCUCUCACUAAAAUGACUUGAAACAACAGCUAUACAAGAAAGUAUUCUACCUUCAUGAGACAAGUUUAAAAAACAAAAUAAAGACUAUUGAACUAAAAAACAGUCAACUGUUUACGUAUGAUGUUAAAUUCAGGAGUUCAGUGUUUUACUAAUAUAUCCUGUUUUGAAACCUCUUGUUCAAAAAGCAAAAUGUUUUGAGCAACCAACCAAAAUCGUUCCUUUCUUUUCCCUCCCUUCCUUUCUCUCUCCCUCCUUUCGUCUUCUGUAGAUGUUCUCUGACAGAUUCGCAGGGCUUUCGGCUCACUGUGCUAGUUUGUAAAAGGUGUUGUUUACAGGAGGCAAAAAGAAAACAUGAUAUUCAGACAGUUGCCAAAUAAACUAAUUAUAGCACAAAUACUGUAAGGUGCCUGGCACCAGCAACCCGAGAGUGUUAAAAAAAAAAAGUGUUACAAGGUUUAAGAAAAAAAAAACAUCUUUGCUAAUUUUUAGUCCUGUUGAACAUUCAUGGAGUUGUUAAUAUGACUUAUAUAGACCCACACAGGUUUUAUUUUUGUGUCUUUAAAAUAAAAGUCCAAAAUAUUUAAAUUUUAUGGUCAAAUAUGCAGUCAACAGCUGCUACUUUUUUCUUUAUAUAUUAAAUUUCUCAUAUGUCUUUUAUUGUUCUAAUAAACCUAAGCUUGUGUGACCUCCAGUGCAUAUUAGACCAUUCACUGUAUGAAAGAAAACAUGUUGAAUAAAUUUGUGAGUUUUUAAUAAAAUAGAAAAUCUGAUGUUUAGAU